AUGACCAUCUUUCUGCUCCGACUUUGCUUUCUAUCGGCGUGCUCCAACAUUCUUUUAAAUGAAAAUCAAUUGAAUCUUCUCAGGGCCUACAUCGCUACCAGAAGAGUUCUGCCCACUCCUUUCAAGUACCGCUCCCGUCGCAGCAACAGCGCGCCCUCCAGUCCCCCGGGGAAAGGGAAGCGCCGCAGGGCAUCGAGCCUAGCUUUCAACCCAGAGUUUCUUCAUCACGUCUCGCAGUCGUUUGCGCGUUCAAGGGCUGCGUACAAGAGGCCUCGGGCCAAGUUUGACAACGAGAGAGGUGCUGGAGAGGCCCUGUUUGCUCCGAUGAUCAUGGAGAACCCACCUCGUCUUUGUCCCUCCGCCACUAUAACAGAGGCAUCGGAGAUUAGCAAACCCGAACGACCAUCUACUGCAGCAUCAGAGGCAAUAACACCGCCCAUUGCCCGGUCCCGUGUGUCCUCUGGGUGCACAGAGGAGGAAUUGGAAAUACGUUCUGUCCGCUCGUGUCGGUCAAACUCGUCAACCGCUCACCACAGGCUAUCGUUGACCCUGCCAAUUCCUAUCGCCUUGCCGACUGCCAGCCCGACACGCCCGACUCCAGCUUCAUCCGCUGCUGCCACUCCCGCCGAGACACCUCUUGUGCAAUCACCGACAGAUUCGGGCGGGUUCAUCACGGCGAUCGCCGCCCAGGAACGCCGAGUGCUAGAACUCAGGGAAGAGCUUCAGCGGGCAGAGAAGGACCUGCAGAGGCUCAAGCGCCAAUUUGAACACCAUGAGGCUCAUAAGAAGCGGCAAGAAGCCAGAGCCUCACGCCCACUUCGCAUAGUAACACCAACGAGCCUGAAUACCGCUCUACUCUUGGAAGAAGAUGCCAGCGCGAGGCGGAACGCAGAAGUAGAGAGGCGCAAGGCUCUGCUUGCUGGGCAUCAAAGUGCUCCGGGAACACCAGGAACGCCAGGAACUCCCGGCCAAUCGCGUCGGAGAGUCUUCCCAGGUGGUCACACGCGGCAGUUGUCACUGCUGUCGCCAACAAAACCAGAUAGCAGCGGAGAUUUCCGUGUACAUGAGGAUCCUCUAGUGGAUGAUCUCAAGACCUCGUCCAAGGAGCUUGAUGAGCAAUUUGCCAAUAUUGUACGGUAUGCGCCUAUUACGCCGGCUCAGCUCUCGAAACGCGCGUCGUGGGCUCCUCGUACUGUACACCAGCAGGCUGCAAGUGGUGUCAAGCAAAUAGCCGAGGACUUCCGAACGGGACUUUGGACGUUCGUCGAAGACUUGCGUCAGGCAACCGUGGGCGAUGAGCCGAUCCACGGCGGUCCCCAACUGAGACGUGGUUUUGAGGGUCAUGGCAGACACAAGCGUCAGUCAUCCACCCUCGGAACAUCCACAUCAAUCUCAGAUGAGCAUUUUGACCAGGAAACCAUACGUGCAUCGGCACAUUCUACAAGGACCCAUGUGUCCAGGGCUUUUGAGGAAGUCGGAACACCAAGCCCUGCUUCGAGAUUCACCAAUCCGUUGGAGGGCGAAGCUUCCAGUGGUAACCGUCAUCAGCGUACCCUGUCAAAGAAUGAAAAGCAGGCCAAGCGGUUUUCAUGGACUCCGUUAUCCAUGGACUCGCUGGACGAUGCCGACUGGCUUAAUUGGGAGAGCCCUAGUAUUACUGCGAAUAAGUCCCCUCGGUGGAGUGGUAGCACGGUUACUGGCGACACCAUCCCGGAGAAGCUUGAUGAGAACGAGCCUUUGAAGCAAUCUGAGCCCCGCAAGCUAGAGGAGCUGCCAUGGCCCGCUCUCAAUCGUCUGACACCUAGCAAGCUCAAGGAACAAGCCGCGGGCUACUUGAAGGAGCUGGAACGGAGCCUCACUCCCCCGGGGGCUGCUGUUUCCACCCGCGUGGAUGAGCAAACUCUCAUCAGCAUGUGAGCUGGUCUUGCAGUUUUGCAAACAUCCAGCUAAAAAUGAUUGGGGGCCGAGUUUGGAUGAUUAUAAUGCACUAUUUUUGCGAUUUUUUACAAAGCGCCUUGUCCGACAUUCGGCCAACAAUGUAUAUCUCUCACGACUGUUAUAUGAUUAUACGGGACGAGGCCAGCAGAUGCACGACAACGCGGGAUUGUCGUUGAAGACACCCAAUUCCUGUCUUGAGAGACAGAACCGAAGGACGGUUAUGACAUUGGACAUAUGACAUAUGACAUAUAACUUCUGGGACUUUGGUUUUGGGUGUGGCGGUCUACACAAACCGGGAAAGAAGACUCGAGACUCAUUUUGAUGUGUCUUUGGAUAUACAAUGUCCGAGUCUGGAGUGUGGAUACGGAUGAUGUGCAUCAAUCGGUGGCGGUACAAAAUAUAAUAGAUAGAGUAGCCUAAUGGAUAAUGAUUAUGACCAGUAAAAUCCCAUUCAGUCAGCCAG